CUCACACCACACAAGUGAGAGAGAGAUUUCAAGGAGGAGAGUGAGUGCGUGACAAUGGAGGCUAACCAGAGGUGGACACUCGCCGGAAAAACCGCUCUGGUAACCGGCGGUACUCGUGGAAUCGGGCGAGCAGUAGUGGAGGAACUAGCGAGAUUCGGUGCGAAAGUUCAUACAUGUUCAAGGAACCAGGAUGAGCUAAACUCAUGCUUGAAUAAUUGGAAAUCGAAUGGUUUUGUGGUGUCUGGUUCCGUUUGUGACGCUUCUCUUAAGGAUCAGAGGGAUAAGUUGAUUCAGGAUGUUUCCUCUGCCUUCAGUGGGAAGCUCAACAUCCUUAUAAACAAUGUUGGAACUAAUAUCAGGAAACCAACAGUUGAAUACUCAAGCGAGGAUUAUGCAAAAAUCAUGUCGACCAACUUAGAAUCCGCUUUCCAUUUAUCUCAAAUUGCUCAUCCUCUUCUUAAAGCAUCUGGGGUCGGAAACAUUGUCUUCAUCUCCUCUGUUGCUGGCCUGGUGCAUCUUUCCAGUGGAUCUAUCUAUGGUGCAACUAAAGGAGCACUUAAUCAGCUUACAAGAAAUCUAGCUUGCGAGUGGGCAAGCGACAACAUCAGAACCAAUUGCGUGGCACCGUGGUACAUCAAGACCUCACUUGUGGAAUCGCUGCUUGAGAAGAAAGAAUUCGUGGAUGCGGUAGUAUCGCGGACCCCACUCGGUCGGGUUGGAGAACCAGAGGAAGUCGCGUCGCUGGUUGCUUUCCUUUGCCUUCCCGCAGCCUCCUACAUUACCGGACAGGUCAUAUCCGUUGAUGGAGGAUUCACAGUCAACGGUUUCAGCUAUGUACAGUAGCCAAAGCCUCUCAUCAGUCAUCACCACUUUACUAAUAAAGCAAGAAUCCGUUCACCGAGGAUUUUGCUCGUUGUUGUCGUUUUGUCUUUGUUUCCUUGGUUUGGUUUUAGGUCUUGUGCCUUGUUUAAAGUUGUAUAGAUAUUCUCACAUUUGUAUUAUAAAAAUAAUCAGUAAAUAAAUCAAGGCACAGUUACAGGCAGCU